UAUGCUAAAGGAGAUAAGAUAGGAAGCACAUUUCCUUAGCAUUUAGAGAAUUCGAACAGCUCUCAUCAUGGCUGCCACUUAGAUACUUCCGGGUCAUGUCACUCAGGAACUUAGGAACCUUCCUAAGCAAAAAAGACUGUUCGGGCUAUUUUUUUUUACAGUCUCUGAUUCGGACGCAGCCGCAGCUCUUGUAUGUUGGCUGACAACUUCCGCUUUUUUAUAUAAAGUAGCUAGGCUAUGCAAUCCAAGCAUGCGUUUUCUUCAGAACAAGACUAUUUUGUUCAUAUUUGAUCUGUGCUUCAGAGGGGAAAUUAAAUAUGUUAGUCUUGCAACAAUAAAAGCUUAGUCUACACUGACUCCGCCGUACCUUGCUGGACUUCUGAAGUCAGAAGACGAAGAAAUGAGUGUUCCUGAGGUUCCUGAGGAUCUUGGUGCAGACAUGGGCCCUGAGAUGGAGAGUUUCCAGGCAGAGAGCCCUCCAUCACCACCACCAAGCUAUUUGUCCAUGGAGAGUGAUGAGGAUCAGCCUGUCAAAGCUGAUGAAGAACAUGUUUUUACACCUGUAAGAGUCGAUCUUGAGAGAGCAGAGUCACAAGAUACGAGGCAGAAUGAAAUCGAGAGGUGCUCUGUUCCGCCCAGAGAAGGAGCUUUUUUCUCAGAACAUGGACCAGAUGCAGCGUGCGAGCCAAUCUCUGCCACGGAUUUAUUAGAGUUGGAGAGCAUGGUCCUUGAGACAGAAGAGAAUCUCUCUCCCAUGGAGCUACCAUUUAUAUUCAAGUUAAUCCAGAGAACUCUGCAGCAGUUGACCGAACAGGAGUUGUCUCUGUUCAAGAAGUAUCUGAGCCACAAUCACUCUCGAUACUUUGAGAAUCGGAUGGAGGAUUUUGAUGUCCUGGAUGUUGUGGAUAAGAUGCUGGAGCGCUGUGGAAAAGUGAUAGCUGUUAAGGUUGCAUUGCAUGUCCUGAAGUGCAUGAAAAGGAAUGAUCUAGCUGACUUCCUGGAAGCAAAGAGUCGUAGAGUUAUGCUACAGCAUGACUUGAAAGAACAUCUCAAGAUGAAGUACGAGACCAUAUUUGAAGGGAUACCCAGACAUGGGCAGCACUGCUAUUUGGGUAACAUCUAUACAGAUGUGCUCAUGACAGAGGGUGGACAUGGUGAGAUUAACGAGGACCAUGAGGUGAGGCAAAGUGAGAUGGCUUCAGGAGGACAAUCCAGACCAGAGACUGCACUAAAACCCAGUGACCUGUUCGAACCCUCAUUUGUUCGUGAGAGACCUGUCAGGACUGUGAUGACCAGGGGGAUUGCAGGCAUAGGGUUAACAGUUGCUGUGAAGAAAUUCAUUGUGGACUGGAUAGAAGGAAAGGCCAACCAAGACAUUGAUUUUGUUUUUCCACUUCCUUUUUGGGAGCAGAACCUGGUCAGGAUGAAAGAACAAAACCUGAUUGACUACUUUACCAUCUUCUACCCAGAAAUAAAAGAUAUGGAUUUCAUUGAAUCUCCUGACUGCAAAGUUUUGUUCAUUUUUGAUGCUCUUGAUGAAUAUCGGCAUACUUUAAGCUUCCAGACGAAUGGAAGCUGGAAUGAUCCAAAGGCACCAACAUCUGUGGAUAUGCUGCUUACUAAUCUAAUCAGAGGGAAUCUUUUUCCAUCUUGUCGGAUCUGGAUCACAACGCGCACAGCAGCAUCCAGUAUUAUCCCUGCGGACUGUGUUGACCUGCUGACUCAGGUGCACGGAUUUACUGAUUCCCAGAAGGAGCAGUACUUCAGGAAGAAAAUUUGUGAUCAGAACCAGGCCCGUAAAAUUCUGGAACAUGUGAAAUCAUCAAGAAGCCUUUAUAUCAUGUGCCAUGUGCCAGCGUUCUCUUGGAUUCUAGCAACAGUUUUUGCAAGACAAAUUGUUGUGGAUGACCAAGGAGAGACUCCCUUGAUUAUGACACAGUUGUUCACACACUACAUGCUCCUUCAGACAAAUAUGAUGCAUGCAAAGUAUCAAGGACGCCAUUCAAAUAUACCAGAGUGGACAGAGGUUGACAGGGAUUUCCUCAUGAAACUGGGGAAGCUGGGUUUUCAACUGCUGGAAAAGGGCAGGAAAGAAUUCUGUCUAAGAGACCUAAAGGAUUGUGGUCUUGAUGUUACAGGAGCAAUUGUGCAAUCAGGGCUGUGCACGGAGCUGUUCUCACUGCACGCAGAGUCCCAGCAGAGAGUUUUCCGUUUUGUACAUUUGAGCAUCCAGGAAUAUCUAGCUGCUUUCUAUGUGUAUAUGUUAUUUCGAGUUAAGCGCAAGAGUGUUCUUGACCAAGCACUGGGGCUGUUCAAAGAACCUACUCUUGUGGAUUUACUCUGCAGUGCCGUGGACAAAGCCUUACAGAGCCAGAACGGACACUUGGAUCUGUUUCUCCGUUUUCUUCUUGGCCUCUCAGUGGACUCCACACAGAGACUCUUUCGACCCUUCAUCAAACUUCCUGAGAGCAGUGCACGCAGCAUUGCGGAAACAGUUAGGUACAUCAGGAAGAAGAUCGGAGAGAAUGCCAGUCCAGAGAGGUGCAUAAAUCUGAAUCAUUGUCUGACUGAACUGGAAGGCUGAAGUCUGAUCUACCUAACUUUGCUGUAGAAGCACAGCACCACACUUGUUCCUCCUUGUGCUGUGCAUAGUGUAAAGCAGACUUGUAUAUUUUUUCAGAGUUGAAUCCAAUUUUCUGCACUUCCACCUAACUGCCUUGGCAGCAAUUAAUGUUUUCCCUGUAUUCCCAUAUCUAUUGGCAGCAUCUAAGGUUUUUUUUUUGACAGCAGUUAUCCCUACGAUUUGUGAGAUUUGGUCCCCUGAGGUCAGUUGCAUUUUUGUAGCUGACAAAUGUUUUUUUAUUUUUUAUGAAUUUUUUAUUAUAAAUUUGCCACCCAAUUGUGGAGCUCAGCAUGUCUAGUUUCCAAUUUUGUGUCAUAAUUUGGAAUGUUCAAUGAACUGAAACCACAGCCUUCUUAAUGUGCAAACCCCACUGCUGAUUUUGGAAAGUGUAGACAUCUGCCAUUCUUUUGCAAAACAUAUGAUGUCCACAUCGCCAGUUGCUCAGUGCCCUAUAGAGGUAUCAGCCACAUUUGGCACUGGCAUGGUCCUGAUUCGAUCUGAGACUGUAGGAAUUACCCUUGCACCACAUUGUGGUGCCUUAACCAAAUGAGCCACCCAGCAGCCCUAGCUGUGGUGUACGUAGGGGAGCAGUCAGGUGCAACACAUCAAGGGCCAAUUGCAUCACCUAGUCAGAAUACCGAAGCUCAGUUGUAUGUCUUGUGAUGAACCCUGCUCUCCUGCAGACAGAUUACCCCAAAUUCUACCGGUGUUUCAAAGGUCUCAUGAGCAGGGAUUCAAAAUGGCCUCUAGCUUCAUGGCGCUCUAGCGAUUACUCUGCAGGAUUGAAUGGACUUUCAUAAUUGUCCUCCAAUUAUAUAUAGGUCUCCAUGGUCCAGAUAGAUGAGCGAUAGACAGCUGCCCAUCUGUACCUUCACUGACGCUGUGGGUGUUCAGCAAACUGAAAAUCGUGGAAUUAAUUUAAUGUUAUUAACCUAUAUUGUAAGAAUACAUGAAAAAUGUAAUCUUGAAAAUAUUUUGAUUUCACAUUACAAGAGGUGUAUUUUUAAUUUAUCAUGCCUAUAAAUAGAUGUACAAUAAAAUUCUCAAUGGCCGUUAAA